AUGACUUCGAUAGGUGAUUUAGAGCAAUCUCUAUAUGAAAAACAAGUAAUUUCUUCAUAUUUAUCGUUUAUAGAUCAAAGCAAUCUCACCGAAGAAUCCAUACGCGAGAUCCAAGAAGUUGUUAAUACCAAUUAUGCCGCUUUUCAGACAAAUGACGAACAGGGCUAUAGGCACAUCAAAUUUUUCACCGAAAUACUAGUUUGGUUCUCAAAAUACUUCGAUCUUACGAAUUUUAAUUCAAUUUUUGAACAAAAUAGUCAGUAUUAUAAUUUGGUUGCUCCAAUUCACUUUGCAAUGCAUUAUGAAAAUAGAUUUAAUUCCAGCCUUACCAUAGAUUUUCUGAAUAUUUGGCAACAGAUAUUGGACGCAUUAAAUGAACCGGAAAUAGAGCAAAGUAUUCCACUUAAACUGACUUUUUCCAUACUAGAAAAACUCAUAUUAUUUGAUAACAACCAAAUACUUACCCAAUUAAACGAAAUCGAGAAUAAAUCUAAUAAUGGUAUCAAAGCUAAAAUUAUCGAAAAGAAAGGCAAAUUAUAUAAGAUCCUUUUGCGCAUAAACAAAGAAAAACUCGAAUCCGACUUAUCACCAGAGAAAUAUUAUAAUGAAUUAAUUUUAAUGUUUCAGAAUAGUUUAAUUGCAUCAAACCAUCUCAAACUACUACAACUAGAACAUUAUUCCCAAGCUAUAACACAUAGUUUCCCUUAUAUAAAAGAGAUUGAUCCUACAAAUUGCAAAAGAUUUCGACAUAUUCUUUAUAAUCUCUGCGACUCUUCAAUUUACAAUGAUAUUAUUGUGUAUUUAUACGAAAAUAAAGAAAAGAAUAUGGAUCUUGUGUUUUCUACAAUCAAUUAUUGGUUAAAAAGAUUUGAUUCUAAAUUCAGCGAAAGAACAGAAGUUCGUAAACUAUAUCAAGUAAUAAUUGAUGCAAUUUCCAAUCAUUGUGUUUCAAAUAUUUCUAAUUUAUGGAAUGAUCCAAAUUCAUCAGAUCGAUUUUUUAAUUCCUUAAAAAUGUACAUAAACAUUACAGGAAUUCUAGAUGAUGAGCUUUCUGAUGAUUCUAAGAAUACUUAUCUUGAAAUUAUCAGAUAUCACUUAGCUGAAACUGAUUUUCUACUUGAUGCUUUGAGAUUGAUAAGAUACAGUAUCAAACGUGAAACAGGAAUAUUUAAAUCAUUUGCUGAUGAUUAUUUAUCUUAUCUUUUGGAUUUACUUGACAAUCAAGGGUAUGGACUAGAUCCGGAACACCUGAAAAAUUAUGGAAAGCUUUUCCAAACAAUGGGUUGUUUAAUAUCAAAUUGCGCAGCUUCUUUAUUUUUUAAUGACAAAAUUAUUGAAAAAUCGGAAACUCAAAUUAAAAAUUUUUAUUGUGAAGAAGUUGACUUUGAUGAUUUUGAUCUUCGGGUUUUCCUAAUUGAUUUGCUCAAUCAUUAUGUUAAUAUAACAGUGCAGCUUUAUGAUGAUGUCUUAGAAAAUGAAGGAGCAGAACUUCCAAAUGAUUAUUUCUAUUUAUAUAAAGGAUUGUAUCUUUUUGACAUAGGAUUGAGAAUAGGAUUGAUGAUAGCUGGACAAUUCGAUGGAUCUUGUUUUGAUGAAUUGAAAAAAUGCGUCAUAAGAGUUUGUCCAUUACAUAUGAUGAAAUACUUCAAUAAAUACACCAGAGUAUACAAUGAAUCUAAGGAAUACUUGAGAGAUCAUGAUAUCUACGUCAUCCCUGAUGAAAACGACGAUGAUGAUGAAAUUGAUCAAGAAGAAGUAGAUUAUCAGGAAGAAUUUUAUGCUGUUAAUUAA